UCAGUGGCUGUGUAUUGAACUUCCGCGAGAGUCCAUCAGCUGCACAGAGUCCCAGCACACCGCCAGCGAGCACCCCAGUCACUCUGUGUCCGAAUUACAAAUGCAGUGCGUCCGGGCUUGGAGAAGUCUGAACUACCUGUGCAGGGUAGCUCACCACAGAGCAUGGAAACGAACCCAGAGCCACACAACAGCUGCCAGGCUGGACCUCAGCGGGAUUUAUCCGCCUAUUGCCACCCCGUUCACCGCCAAGGAGGAUGUAGACUAUCAGAAACUGGAGGAAAACCUGCAGAAAUACGCCAAGAUCCCAUUUAAAGGCCUGGUGGUUCAGGGCUCCAAUGGUGAGUAUCCUUAUCUGACGGUGGAGGAGCGGGUGGAGGUGGUGAGGACGGUCAAACAAUCACUGCCGGCGGGAAGGCUGCUGAUAGCCGGAUCAGGCUGUGAAUCCACCAGAGCCACGAUCCAGCUCACGCAGAAGAUGGCAGCAGCCGGAGCCGACGCUGUGCUUGUGGUAACACCCUGCUUCUACAAGGGGAAGAUGGACAGCCGGGCACUGAUCCAUCACUUCACAAAGCUGGCGGACAGCAGCCCGGUGCCGGUGGUUCUCUACAGCGUGCCGGCAAACACGGGGCUGGAGCUGCCACUGGACGCUGUGGUGGAGCUUUCUCAGCACCCAAACAUCCUAGGUGUUAAAGACAGUGGGGGAGAUAUCACACGGAUCGGCCUGAUUGUCCAUAAAACCAAGGCGCAGGAUUUCCAGGUUUUAGCGGGCUCGGCUGGGUUUUUAAUGGCAGCCUAUUGUGUGGGUGCUAUCGGUGGAGUGUGUGCGCUGGCUAAUGUGCUGGGCCAGGAGCUAUGUGAGUUGGAGCGUCUGUGUGUGUCCGGGCGUUGGGAGGAAGCCAGAGUCCUGCAGCAGCGCCUUAUCGAGCCCAAUGCCGCUGUGACUAGGAAGCUGGGAGUUCCCGCUCUGAAGCAGGCGAUGGAGUGGUUUGGUUUCCACGGUGGCUCCUGUCGAUCACCUCUUCAGCCGCUCACAGAGGCCGAGAGUCAGCAACUGAGGCGGGACUUCUCCUCCAAUGGGUGGCUGUAAAGGGACCUAGGCGGAGCGAGAGUGCAUGUGUGAGCGAGGUCACUAUGUGUGGACCUAUUAGCUGUUGGUGUAAUUAUAUCAUAAAGGGAAAACACAGCUGCCCAUGAAAAUAAAUAAAUAAAUAAAUAAAUAUUCAGUUCUGUCCACUGUUGAUAUUUAUUGAGCCAAAUCCAAAAACCUGCAAAAAACUCCCUUACAUUAAAAUAAAUGUAUAAAUCAAUUAAUCCAACUUCAAAGUUCUAUUUGGUUUUUGUUCUUCUUUUUCUUUGACCUGGACUGACAGAAAUUUUCUUGGCCAAUUCCAAUUUUUCUCCAAGUGCUCUGCGACCAGUACUGCGACUGAUUAACUGAAAACGAGUUGCUGUACACCCGCGUGUCCCUGAUAUAUUUUAACUUUCCACGUAAUAGCAGGUGCAGAAUAUAUUGUAUAACAAAACAAUUUUUCAAUUAUUUUGACUAUUUUGAGCCAUUACUAAUACCGAGGCUGCUAGCUUCUGGCUGAUACUGAGCUUUGUUAGCUUCUGUAAAAAAGUUCAACUGGCUGAGGUUGAUUUAAGUGUCUGCUUAGGUUUGUUGUAACAAACAUUGUCGUGGUGGUCCCCCCGUGGUUUACUUUACCAGACUUUGUGUACAUAUAUAUGUACACAAUGUUAUAUAGUCUAUAAAAUCUACACCAUAAAACAUGUAGCAGCUGACAUUACAGGUAAUGGAUCAAGCCAGCAGAAGCCAAGCAGACUCAGGAAGAAAAGUGCCUCUGGCAGUGCAAGCCACCACUUUAAGGUGUUUAUACAUUAAAACACUACAAGUAUGACAAUGUACACAAACCAGAAUAAGAAGCCAGUGACAGGCAAUUAGCUGCUGAUCUUUCCUGUUGUUUUUAUCAUGUGAUCAGUUAUUUAUUUUCAUAUUUUGCUCCACUAAAGCAAGAGGACAAGUGGACGUAAUAAGAGAUUCCAAACUAAACCUCAGCCUUACACAGGGAAAAAUAAUACCCUCAUAUUUUAGCCUGUAACUGUUAUUUUUCUUCUUUCAAGGAGGUUUUGUGAUUACUCUGUCUGAUUUGUUUUUUUGUCCAUUUGUUAGAGUUGUUGCACAAAAAUUAUUUCCAUGAAAAUCCUGCCAGGGGUCGCUCGAUGCAACUUAUGGAUCCCUUCAAAUCUUUACGUAUUAAAUUGAAAUAGGAAAUAUGUCAGCCAUUGUCUUAAUGUUCCCAAGAUACCAAUAACUAACCUGGAUUGGUUCAUAGCGAGGAGUGGCUUUUCAGCCUAGUGUAAAAAGUAGAUGUAUAAUUGUGUAUAAUUGGCGUGUAAUGCAUUUGGCAGAUCAUGACCUGUUUGACUUAAGCUUUGAAAUGUGGGACUUGGACCUGGAACUCUUUAGUCAAGACUCAUGUGUAACUUAGGAAACAAUUACUUUGUCUAAUCGUUAGUGGAUGCGUAAAAAUACAGAAUUUGUAGUCUCACAGCAGUAGACAGUAAAUGGAAAUCACCUGACAGUGGAGUAAAUAUGAGUUAUUUAAUCACAGUAUUGUCUGUUUUGUCAUUAGAAAUACGGUGGUCUCACAGGGCAUGCAUUUUAUACUUUGGACAUUUGCACCUACUGCAAUGGCAGAAAGUCAUUUGUAUGCAUCAGCCUCAUUAGUUUAAGAUGCCCUGUAACCUAAAGGUAAUUGUCAUGUAAUUACAGCACAGCUUUGGCAUGCUUUGACCUCAGGAGAUGUCUUAUUAUUCAGAAUACCUCUGUAGAGCUAUUGUAUGGAAACUAAAAGUACAGCCAGGCCACUUGUAACCUCAGGCUGAAUAACACUGAAGCCUCCCAAGGUCUUUGAAAAAUAAAAAAUUUGGAACAGAAAAA